GUAGAUUCGUCCUCGACUGGUGUAGAUAUUAUCAAUAGAUGAUAAUUAUUUUUAUAUGAUUUAGAUCAAUGUAAUUGUUGUUCAAAGUAUAAUUGAGUAAAUAGCAUACAAAUAAAAAUAGCAGAUAAAUAGAAUAUUUUAUUAAAAUGGGCAAUAGAUCAUCGUUACUAUUACGCGAAGAAGAAAUAGCUCAAAUUCAAACAGAAACUGGAUUUACACCAAAUCAAAUAGAAAGAUUAUAUUCGAGAUUCACCGCAUUGGAUAGAGGGGAUUGCGGCACUCUAAGUCGAGACGAUUUUCUACGUAUACCAGAAUUAGCGAUCAAUCCCCUUGGGGAGAGGAUAGUUAAUUCGUUUUUCCAAAGCGAUGAUUUCAAUGAUAGAGUUAAUUUUAGACAGUUUAUGCAAGUUCUUGCUCAUUUCAUACCAGUUAAGAAAAACAAAGAAAACAAAUUAAAUUCCAGAGAACAAAAAUUACGCUGUGAGUUUUUAAUUCUCUUUAGGUUUUGCAUAUAUCCUAAGAGUUUUAUUUUAGUUGCCUUUAAAAUGUACGAUCUUGAUAAUGACGAUAUGAUAUCCAAAGAUGAACUACUAGCUAUUUUACACAUGAUGGUUGGAACUAAUAUAAGCGAGGAGCAACUGAACAGUAUAGCUGAAAGAUCCAUUACUGAAGCCGAUGAAGAUGGUGAUCAGAUGAUCUCUUUUGAAGAGUUUUGUAAAGCAUUACAAAGGACAGAUGUUGAGCAGAAAAUGAGCAUACGAUUUUUAAACUAGUUUUGUUAUCAAGGUACAUAUACUUUUUUUAAUUAAUUACUUAAUAUAAUGUAUAUGAAUAUAUUAUUGUUGUUUUAAGGAUAUUUUCCUUGUCUCUACUUUCUUUUUUAUAUUUACUUAUAUUCUCAUUUGGUUUUUGUGUUGGAUCUUAUAUUUUGCAAAUUCUUAACUUAGAAACAUUAUUUGGAACUGAAUAUUGUUGUGGAUGGGGUUAUAUUACAGUGUUACUGAAAUAUGUGAGAAACCUGCAAACAUAAUCAAUGAUUCAAUCACCACAAUAUAAUUUAAUUAAUACUAUACAUUUUCUGAGUCCCAUAUAUUUGCUCUCCUCUUUCUCCCUUUCCCAAAUUAUCCUUUCUCUAUUUAAAAUCAAAAAUUAGGGUGGAGUGUGCUAAAUUCAAGUACCAUUUUAAAAUAUUUUGGUUUGUAUUAAUUAUAGUUCUCCUUUAAUUGAAAUUUUAUUUGCACAGAUUUUUUUCGUUUUUAAAUGAAUUUUCAAUUUUAGGAGAAUUAUAGAUAGUUUCUCAAAAGGGCCCAAAUAGUUAUUGAGGGAAGAUAAUAGUUUGAUAGUUACAAAUCUGGGGAAUUAGAAAUGAAGGGCCCUGCGAAUUGUGAACAGGUAGUGCCACAACGAAAAUUGAGCUCCUUUUUACUAAGAGGGGCAACACUGGCACAUUGGGAAUACAUAUUCUAUAGCCAUAAAAUGUAUUGAAGUAACUCUGGGUGCAAUACUGUUUUGGUAACACAUGAACAACCAGCCACUUGGGAACUCAGGGUAAAAAGGCCCUUCAGUUGUAUAUGGGGUCUUUCAUCUAAGAUCCUCUAUUGGAUUUAUAGCCCCUUCUCAUGUACGAGGCCAUCGUAUGGUGGUCCUGUACGGAGAAAGUAAAAAGUGUGUGACUGGACAGAAUCCACCACCUCGGGUGUCUUCAUUAUCACACCACUCAAAUAGAGUCUUUGAAGUUCUACUGGGACCAUGUCAUCUGUAAGUUCCCAGUAGUUACAGGAGCACAGUUCAAACCCCUCAGAUUACCUAAUGAUAUCAAAAGGUUCAAACCAAAGUGUCCAAAAAGGACAUCAGCUUUUAGUAAUGUCAAGUGGGGGCUAUUAGAAGGCCUAUGUGCGUAACUGCCCACUAUUCUACGACAUUGGCCUUUGGUUAUGUCAAAUUCGACCUAUCAGAAGAUCUGUACCCAACGGCAUUUUGUGAAAAAAUUGGCAUUUAUUUCAAAUAUAUGAGUCCAAAAUGCAAAUAAGAUUAAUUUAAAAGUGCUAUUUAACUUUUUGAUCCAAUAUAAUGUAUAUUGGUACAUUAAUCAAUGCUUAGAAAUAUUAGGGAUUCCAAAAAAGAUUGACUGGUCUAAAUACAGCUCCAAUGUCUCUUUAAGUAAGUAAUGUGAAACACAAUUUUGAAAUAAAUACUUUAUUAACAGUUUUUUUGUAUAAAUAUACAUUAUAUCAAUAAAAUUCAAUGGAAUCAUUUAUAAAAAAUACCAAUUGCUUGUUUAAAUAUUAAUAAACAUUUAUUUUAUCUCCUCGUA